AUGGCUUCAGCAGACCAAACUCAACUGAGGGCGAAGUUCCUCCAAGAAGCUGCUUAUAUCCUCGCAGUUCCAUCGCCAACGACGGCAGCGUUUCUGGGCAAUGCACGCAACAAGCUGAUUGAAGAUGCUGAAGUCGACAUAUCGAGCAAAGAAUCGGAUGCUUUUCGUCGAAGUGUUUGCGGCGCAUGUGGGAAUGUAAUGAUUCCAGGAUGGUCAUGCAAGGUCUCGAACAAAGGAAACCAGAGAAGUAUUGGCAACAAGUCAUCGGAGCUUGAAAAGAGUAUCUGCUAUACCUGCUUGCGGUGUCAGCGAGAGACACAUCAAUCGCUUCCACGAGAGCGAAGACGUCGCAAAUUGACCGAGAGAUUACAGCCGCCAGUGGACACGGAUCCAAUCUCGGAGGCAACGACUACUACCAACAAAGAGGAAAAUGUCGCUGCAAAGACUAUAAACGCGAGCAGCAAGCAAAGACAAAAGGCACGAAGGGGCGGCUUGCAAGCUAUGCUUGACAAGAAGAAGACGCAGGACUCGGGCGCGGGCGGGCUCGAUUUCAUGGACUUUGCGCUAUAA